CUCUCUCUCUCUCUCUCAGCCUUCGCCCCCUCCUCCUGCCAGCGCUCCCGUCUUUAUGUCGGGCUUCCCGGAGACCUUUUGAGGUCUCGCCGCUCCUUUUGUUUCUCCGGCUGAUUUUUUUUAAAUGUAUAACUUGAUGGGUCUCAACAAUACCGGCGGACCUAACCAGCCUAAUGUCUCCUGUACUUGUAACUGCAAACGGUCUUUGUUUCAGAGUAUGGAGAUCACGGAAUUAGAGUUUGUACAGAUAAUCAUAAUUGUGGUGGUCAUGAUGGUUAUGGUGGUUGUCAUCACGUGCCUGCUGAAUCACUACAAACUUUCUGCAAGGUCCUUCAUCCAUCGGCCCAGCCAAGGACGGAGAAGAGAAGAAAACCUAUCAUCGGAUGGCAGCUUAUGGCCUUCGGAAAGCACAGUAUCAGGAAAUGGUGUAACAGAGCAGCAAGUCUAUACACCAAGGCCUACCGACAGACUAGCAGUCCCAUCCUUUUUGCAGAGAGAUCGCUUCAACAGAUUCCAGCCAACCUACCCUUAUAUGCAGCACGAAAUUGACCUGCCCCCUACCAUCUCCCUGUCGGAUGGAGAAGAGCCGCCUCCUUAUCAGGGGCCCUGCACCCUGCAGCUCCGAGACCCCGAGCAGCAAAUGGAACUCAACAGGGAGUCGGUCCGAGCCCCUCCCAACAGAACCAUCUUUGACAGUGACCUGAUAGAUAAUUCAGUCUACGGUGGGCCCUGCCCUCCGAGCAGCAACUCGGGCAUCAGUGCCACCUGCUACGGGAGCAACAGCCGAAUGGAAGGGCCUCCUCCCACGUACAAUGAGGUCAUCGGGCAUUUCCCGGGAUCUACGUUUUUCCAGCACCAGCAGAACAACAGUGGGGUUCCUUCGUUCCCUUCGCCUUCGCCCAUCAGCAAUCUCGAGAGCACAACAAUGUGGAACAAAGAGAAGGACAAACAGAAAGGGCACCCUUUUUAAAAGAAGAAAGAAAAGAAAAAAGAAAGGAAACACUCUGCACUUCUUGAUAAAUAGGAGGGGGGUAGUAUAUGGAGACGGGGAGGCGGGGGAGGGGUGAAACCAAACGCCCUUCUCCACCUCUGUGUAGUAUAAAUAUUUACAUGUUAUGUUUGGUCUGAAUGCACAAGCCAACAAAACUUGCAAAAACAUUUCUUUGUUGAGCUCUGAUAGGAAGAUUUUGAUUUUAUUUUUUUCCCCUUUCUAAAUAAAUCUA